AUGAACUCCUCCCUGCUGGAGGCCAACGGCUCCAACACCAGCUUGGGUGACGACGGCAUCCCCGGUGGCGGCAGCGGCAGCGCCCCCUUCUGCCUGCUAGACGUGGGCUACUCGGCCCUCUUCCACACCUGCCUGCUGGAGGUGACGGUCAUCCUGCUGCUGACCGCGCUGAUCAUCUGCGGCAACCUGGUGGUGCUGCUGGUGUUCCACUGCGGGCCGCUGCUGGAGCAGCCCGGCACCAGCUCCUUCAUCCGCACCAUGGCGUACGCCGACCUGCUGGUGGGGGUCAGCUGCCUGAUCCCGGCGCUGUCGCUGCUCCGCCACCUGGGCGGCCUGGACCCGGCGCUCACCUGCAAGGCCUUCGGCUACAUGGUGUCGGUGCUCAAGGGCGUGUCCAUGGCGUCGCUGGCGUGCGUGAGCGUGGAGCGCUACGUGGCGGUGACGCGGCCGCUCUCCUACGCGGCGCUGGUGACGCCGUGCCGGCUGCGGGCCUGCAUCGCGCUGAUCUGGGUCUACUCGGCGCUGGUCUUCCUGCCCGCCUUCCUGGGCUGGGGCAAGCCGGGCUACCACGGCGACGUGGCGGAGUGGUGCGCGCGCUGGGAGACGCGGCCGGCGUUCACCGCCUUCAUCGUGGCGGCGCUCUACGCGCCCGCCACGCUCACCGUCUGCUUCACCUACGCGCACAUCUUCCGCAUCUGCCGGCAGCACACGCGGCAGAUCAGCGAGCGCCGCGCCCGCUACGGCCCGCAGGGGCCCACGCCGCCCGCCACCGCCGCCGUUACCGGGCCCGGAGGAGGACACACCCCCUGCUCGCUGGCGUCGUCCUCGGCGGCGACCGGUGGCGGCAACAACAACAGCCCGGACAAGCGCUACGCCACGGUGCUCUUCCGCAUCACCAGCGUCUUCUACCUGCUCUGGCUGCCCUACAUCCUCUACUUCCUGCUGGAGAGCGCGGGUAUCUACCGCCACGCGGGCGCCUCCUUCCUCACCACCUGGCUGGCCAUCAGCAACAGCUUCUGCAACUGUCUCAUCUACAGCCUGUCCAACAGCGCCUUCCGCAAGGGCCUGAAGCGCCUGUGCUCGCUGUGCGCCCGCAGCGUGGACACCAAGAAGCCGCUGGGGCCGCCCCCGCCGCCGCACAUGCGCCACUCCUGCGACGUCUGA